AUGCUUUCUCUUCAUUUCUGGGAGUCUCGGAGUCAAUCUACAGAUGCUGCUCCUUCCGUGGCUGAUGGCAUUCAGGCUCACAGCUGCCGACAGUGCCAGGGAAACAACUGUGCAGGACAGCUCAGCGACAGGACACUGGCCACGGUCUCGGCCAGAGCAGCAGCCCCCCGGCCACAGACCACCUCUGCCACCCCACAUAGGUAUCUUCCCACUUCCCUCAGGUUUGCCCGAGACCCGCCAGAGAGGCUGAAGCACUUGGAGGUGGUGGCAGCAGUGGCAGUGGUGCCUACAGCAUUGGGGCCCAUCCAGGCACGUGGGACCCUGUUUCGGGCAACUCUGCAGCCCCUCCAGGGCAAGAGAGGGACCCAGGACAGACCCAGUGCUCACCACUGCCUUAUCCUGUCGCUGAAACCCAGGCAAGGGCUCAGAAUGGAAGUCGCUGCUCCCAAGCUGAUGUCGCAGGUCAAACUGACGGAGGUGGGGGACAGGGUGAGCGGAGCUCAAGACUGCCAAGAGCUAAAGCAGCAGCUGCAGCCGCUUCCCGAGGCUUCAGUUUCCUCCCAGGGAGAAGAGAAAUAUGUUGAGAUGUGUGCUUCAGCUGGAAUGCAGAGGCAGAGUCCCCGGGCGAUGAAACUCACUCUGGAACCCAGCCCAGGGCAUCAGAGGGCCUCUAGGAGCCCCAAGGAGAAAGCCAGAAGAGUCCAGGAUGAACUGAGAGGUCAAGUGUCCACGGCUCCGAUGCCCCAGAAGAAUCCUGCUUCCGGCGAACUCUCCAGACCCCAGCUCUCCUGCACUGAUGAGGCUGAUGACUUCUCUUCUUCAUCCUCCUCCUCCUCCCCUAUGGACAAAGCAGAGGAGGGUGGCCUUUCCAAAAUGGAGGAUACCACCACAUCAACAGGGGCUCUGGCCACCUCCUCUUCAUCCUUAGGCUUUGAGAGUGACGAUGGUGGGAGCAAAGAGAGCUGCCAGCCUGGAAGAGGAGGAGGAGGGAGAAAAGCAGGCAGCAGAGGAGGGGGAGGAGGGGGUGGAGGAGAUGACACAGAGUGCAGGGGCAUUAUUGCCAAGUCCCAGGGCAGCAGGGACCCCCCCAGAAAUGAGGAGGCUCACUACAUCACCACCCACGAGAUCCAGUUGAGUGAGGUGGAGCAGGACAUGGAUUUCGACGUGGGGCUGGCCUCCCGCUGGGAUUUCGAGGACAACAACGUGAUCUACUCGUUUGUGGACUAUGCUUCCUUUGGUGGCAGCGACGAGACCCCGGGGGACGUCACCACCCCAACUGAAGAGGACGACGACAACAGCUGCUACCUCAGCACCACUCCCAGCAUCAACGCCACGCGGACUCCCAGCCCCACCAGCAGCGACCCCGCCCGCCCUGGCACGGGCAGCGGUGGCAGUGACACUAGCAGCACAGAAGUGGGCAGUGGCCCCUCUGACAGUGACCCCACUCCCCCACCCACUGGGCCUGGCACUGCCACUGCUUGUGAGCCCUUGCCGGAGCCUCCGGAGGCAGCUUCAGGGGUAGCAGCCGCCGUGAGCAGCUGUGGGAGUGCAGCAAGCCAGAUCCUCCUAUCAAUCAAACCGACUUCCCGGGCUAUAAAUGAGCCUAGCAACGUGCAUGCAAAGCAAAACAUUAUUUAUGCUGCCAAGCAUGAAGGCGACAUGAGCCUCCGCAUCUCCAAAGCUGCCGAACACCAUUCAAGUUCACUGAAGCAACACCCGGCUGCAGCCGUGGCUCAGGACCAUGCGAAAAAAUUCAUCGCUGUCCCUGCUCGCCUGCAAACCAGGUGCGGGGCCAUCCGGGCGAAGGAGCUGGUGGAUUACUCCAGCGGAGCCUCCAGUGCCGUGAGCGAGCUGGACGAUGCCGACAAAGAGGUGCGUAACCUGACCUCCCGUGCCUUCCGGAGCCUCGCUUACCCCUACUUUGAGGCUCUAAACAUCAGUUCCCGGGAAUCCUCCGCCGCACUCUCAGAAGUCGGCUUUGGGCGCUGGUCGACCUUCCUGGACUUAAAAUGCGGGGGUGUCGGAGCCAAGGUGGAACAGAGCCUCCUGCGGAGCAGCGCAGCCUCUGUGGCUGCCGGUCUGCGGACGGGUGGUGGGGCCAGGCCCACUGCAGACCAGCUCUACAUCCAGUCCAAGAAGUCCCAGACCAAGGCUUUGGAGUUUGUGGUCAGCAAAGUCGAGGGGGAAAUCAAACAUGUGGAGACACCCUUGUGCUUCCAGAAGCAGGUCCAGACGGGCUCCCGCACUGUCACCCUUCUUGAGCCCCUAAAUUUACGCAGUGACAGCAAAGCCAGCCCAGCCACCCGGCCCGGCAGGACCACCAAAGGCUCCGAAAAGGGCCCCGGGUCAGUGUACACUGAUGAUGGCUCUGAGGCUUCUGAAAGCAGCAAGCCUGCCUUCCGAGCUGAAGGCCACCAGAAGAAGUCCACGUUUGCUUCCAGCCUGCUCAAAAAUGUCAUUUCCAAGAAGAUGCAGCGGGAACAUGAGUUCAAGAUGGAGAGGGGAGAGGUCACCGACACAUCCCACAAGAAACUCCCCGGCAGCUCCAAGGAGACAGAAGGAUUUCCCGGGUGCGAGAAGCAGAGGGAGAAGGGUUUGCAGAGGCAGAGUUCUCGCCACUCAGAGGCCGGCUCCGAGUACACCGUGAUUAGUGUGUCUGAUGCAGGUGGGGAAGGGUCUGUGGCCGACCCUAAAUCCCCAGUUUUCAAAGCCAGUGCUCCUCGGGAGAGCCAUGCAGGCUCUGGCCGGAAUUUUGCAGAUGGACACACAGAAGAAGUGUGUGAAAUUAAGAAGAGUGCCUCAGAGACUGUCAAGGGCAUCUUCCUCCGUAGUCAGAACAGUGCAUUCCGGUCUUGGAAGGAGAAACAGGCUGAGAAAUGUGAAGAGAAGGCCCCCAUUGGAAAGCUGAAGCUCCCCAAAGGUGGGGACUGGCGAGCUGACCUCGGGGAGAUUUCUGCCAACAAGUCCACCAUCAUGUCUCGCCUCUUUGUCCCCAAUAUCCAGCAGACACCCAAGGACAAGCAGCCCGGGAAGCAGGCCACCAAGUAUCCUGCUGUCCAGGCUACCUCCACAGCAGUGAUCAGGCCCAAGGCUCCAGAAAUCAAGAUCCGCCUGGGGAGUGUGCAACAGCCAAGCUCGGACUUCAACAUUGCCAAAUUGCUCACGCCCAAGCUGGCCAGUAGCAGCACCUCCAACCUCUUCAAGACCACUGAGGACAACAGCAGGGCCCAACAGAGGCUCUUACGUGGGGACAACCUGGAAAAAGUGCCCCAGUUCCAGGUGAGAGACAUCAGAGACAAAUCCAAGGUUCAAGGCCCCCUCCACCAGGUGAGAGAUGUCAGGAAACUUAUCAAAGGGUCAGGGGAUAGCAGUGACAAGGGCAGUGUUACUCCAGAGCAGGGACUGACUGGGCCCAAACCCAGGCAGCUGGCAGCUGCAGCUGGCGGAUCCAGAUCCCUGUCCCCAUUGGUGAUUACGUGCCAGGCCAUUGUGAACCAGAGGGAAGACAGCAUGGACCGAGAGUCAAGGGAAAGCAUGGGCAAAGGUGGCGGCAGCAGGGUCCUGAGCUCCUCCUCCCCAGAAGGGACCGUCUUGGUUCACAGGGCAUCUGGCAGGUUGCCUGUGGCCACCAUUGCACCCAAUAAACCUGAGCAGGGCUCAUACCUGCCCGUGCUCAAGAUUGUCUCCAAGGCUUCUGCCCAGAGGACCCCAGAUAAGCCCAAGGAUGAGGAGGUCAAGGAGGAAGGGAAAGCCCCAAAGCCAGCCCGGAAUGCCCUGGAGAAGCUGACUGCUGCCGUGAGGUCCAUGGAAGAGCUGUAUAGCUUCAACAGGAACGAGUGGAAGCGCAAAAGUGAUCCUUUGCCUGUGAUGACAGAUAGCCAUGUCCUGUCGCUCAUUGCCAGCGAGGAGAGAGAAGGGGCGGGGCAUGCUGAGGGGGACACCGACAAGCUGUCCAAACGGCUGGGGGAGGUGGAAGAGCGGGGCGCAGGAAGCAAGAGUGGCGUGGUCCUGCGUGGGGCCCCCAUAGAACGUCUGCAGCGGAGAAACUCCAACCCCAGCACUGAGAGCGUGUCUGCCAGGGCAGCCGCCUUUGAAAACCUGGCCAGGGAAAGGCCACGGUCCCUUUAUAUUUCCCCGGUCCACAAGGAUGUGGAGAGAAGCCAGCCUCUGCAGCCUCUCCCACCGCUCCCCAGCAACCGAAAUGUGUUCACAGUAAGUACCAGCAGCACCCAGAAAACUGGAGGCGUCGCCGGCAAGUUCCCACAAGGGCCUUCUCCAGAGAUUGCUUCAGUGGCAAAGGGCACCAAAUCGCAGGGACUGAGGUCCCUCAAGAUCUCUCCAGCCACCUGGGCACCUCCUGAGGAGAUGAUCAACAGGAAAAACAGUUUGGAGAAGGGCAAUAGUGACUGUGAGAAUUACCUGACCAUCCCUCUCAAAGGAAGCUCUGCAGCCAGGGAACUUUCUGGCAGACCUGGGGCUGGCAGGGAGGGUCCCCCGGCUUCGUCAGCUGCCACUCUGUGCAAUUUGCCCCCACUGAGUGCCCGCAGUCAGGUCCCAAGUAGCCCCAAAGGUUCCCAGGUCAGCGGAACCAGCCGGCCAGCUUGGCGUAGCAAACCUGACAACCCCCGGGAGACAGUAGCUGUCCCAACAGGGCCUCAGAGUCCAGACCAUCCUCCCACUGCCAUCUACCACCAGCAGCCACUGCCCUUCACGCUGCAGGGAGCCCAGCCCCAGGUCCUCUGCUUCUCCCCGCCUAGUAUGCCUGCCCCAGCACCUGCAGGCCCAGCUCCGGUCCCCACAGACCCCUUCCAGCAGCCUCAGCCUCAGCAGACCCAGCGCAAGAUGCUCCUGGAUGUGACGACUGGCCAGUACUAUCUAGUGGACACACCAGUGCAGCCCAUGACGCGGAGACUGUUUGACCCUGAGACGGGGCAGUAUGUGGACGUGCCCAUGACCUCCCAGCAGCAGGCCGUGGCGCCCAUGUCCCUUCCUGUGCCCCCCCUGGCCCUGAGUCCCGGGGCCUACGGACCCACCUACAUGAUCUACCCUGGGUUUCUGCCCACGGUGCUGCCCACCAACGCCCUGCAGCCCACACCAAUAGCUCACACUCCAGGGGUCAGCGAGCUCUCACCCAUGUCAGCAGAGACCCCUGGCAAAGAGGCAGCUGCCACAUUCACCGAGGUCCCAUACUUUGUGGCCUCUGGUCAGUCUCCCGCCUCCUCUUCUUCUUGUAACCCAGCAGCCACCUCCCAGCUUGUGGGGGCCAAGGGCUUCGCCCAGCUGCACGGCAAGCCUGUCAUCAGCAUCACCUCGCAGCCCCUGGGGCCGCGGAUCAUUGCCCCCCCUUCUUUUGACGGUACCACCAUGAGUUUUGUGGUGGAACACAGAUGA